CUCUGCGUUUCAUUGAAUUUCAUUGAUUUUCAAUGGGCAAAAAGAAAGCAAAGGAUCCGCAACAAACCCCUCAAAGCAAUGGACUCCGUUUCAUCUCUUUUAUUUUCAACACGCUCUUUGGCAACACGCUCUUUGCCACCGCUUCUCUAUUUUCCGAUUUCAACCCCUUUCGUAGAAAGCCUCAACAACAUGCUUCGGUUUCUUACCCAACCAUUCCCUCUCAAAGCCCUAACAAUGGCGGCUCCGGGAGCCACGAUUCCGGCGAAGAUAAAAAGAGGAAGAGGAAGAAUAACAAGGAGGAAAGACCCAUUCUUGAUUCGGAUUCCGUAACUGAAGCUUCGGAGAAGAAGAGUAAACGCGGUUCCGAUGAAAGGGAAGGGGAAGGGGAAGGGAAAGAUCAUAAUUUGGGUACGCAAACAAAAAAGGGCGAGGUUGUAAUCGAAGGUGAGGAGGGAAAGAUGAAGGAGAAGAAGAGGAAAAGGGAAGAGCUUGAGAAAGAGUGGGAGGAGAAGAAGUAUGGUGUGGUGGUGGAAGGAGAGGAAGAUGAAAAGGAAAGGUUUGGGAAUAAAACUCUUGAGAGCAAGAGGAAGAUGAUAUAUAACCCAGCUGAUAUGUUGGUUUCAAAGGAAGGUUAUGAUGACGAGGAUAAGCUUUUGAGGACUAUUUUAGUUGGGAAUUUGCCUCUCAAGUUGAAAAAGAAGACUUUGUUGAAGGAGUUUAAGAAAUUUGGUGAGGUUGAGUCUCUGGUGACUCGUUCUGUUCCAAUACAAGAUACCAAAAAACCUAGGAAGGGAGCCAUCCAUUCGAAGAAAAUAAAUGAUUCCGCUGAUAGUGUUCACGCAUACAUUGUUUUCAAGACAGAGGAAUCUGCUCAGGCUUCUUUGUCCCACAACAUGACUGUGGUUGAAGGAAAUCACAUUCGUGUUGAUAGGGCUUGCCCACCCCGCAAGAAACAUAAAGUGAAGAUUGCUUCGCUUUAUGAUAACAAGAGAACUGUUUUUGUGGGCAACCUCCCAUUUGAUGUUAAGGAUGAAGAACUAUAUCAGUUAUUUUGUGGUAUAUCCAACCUGGAAUCAAGUAUAGAAGCUGUUAGAGUCAUUAGAGAUCCUCAUCUUAAUGUUGGAAAGGGUAUUGCCUAUGUGCUGUUUAAAACAAGGGAAGCUGCUAAUUUUGCUGUUAAGAAACGGAGCUUGAAGCUUCGAGACCGAAAGUUGAAAAUCUGUCAUGCGAGAAUCUGUCGUGCCAAAGCGGAUGCCACCCCAUCUAAAAGGCCAAACCCAUCACCAGCUCCUAGUACCCCUGCAAAGAAGUUGGCUGUGGCUUCACGAUCUCCUUCCAACAGUAAUAACAAGUCAAACAAAAAAACUAAUGCAUCUUAUCAAGGUCUGCGUGCAACCAAAUCUGAUAUCAACAAGAAAGUUCAUGGGAGAGAAAAACGAAAAGAGCGCAUGACGAAAAGGGCAGCAGUAGCUGCGAAAAAGGCUAAAGCAAAAUUGUUCAAGGAUGGUGGUACACCAAAACAAGCAGGGGUAAAACGCAAGCUUGAUAGGCGUACUCCAGAUAGCUCCCUACGAAAUAAGAAGGGUGGUACACCAAAACAAGCAGGGGUAAAACGCAAGCUUGAUAGUCGUACUCCAGAUAGCUCCCUACGAAAUAAGAAGGCCAAGAAGAAUAACAGAUAGCGUGUUCCUAAUGGUAUCAGGCCAAGAACGUCUGAUGCUUUAUGUCUCAAAGAUGAUUCCUGCAUCUGAUAAGGGUAGGUUCUAUGCUUUUGGCAGCAUCUUUUCAGGGAAGGUUUCAACUGGUAUGAAGGUCAAAUUAUGCGACCAAAUUAUGUCCCUGGGGAGAAGAAAAACCUGUAUGUGAAGAGUGUUCAAAGAACUGUCAUUUGGAUGGGAAAGAAUCAAGAAAUCAUUGAUGAUGUCCCUUGUGGAAAUACAGCUGCCAUGGUGGGUUUGGAUCAAUUUAUUACCAAGAAUGCUACUUUAACAAAUGAGGGAUAUGUAAUAAUAUAAUAUAGGAUGCUUUUAUUGGGAUUAUAUCUUUUGUUUUUUUUUCAAGCCAUACUUAUUCUAUUUUAUUUUAUUUAAAAUAAAUAGUACAAUAUAGGCCGGCCUUUAAGUUCAAUGAAACUGGAGUGCAGGCUUUCCCACAGAUGGUAUUUGAUCACUGGAAUAUGGUUCCAUCUGAUCCACUGGAACCUGGGACACCUGCUGCUGCAUAUGUUGCUGUGAUUCGGAAGAUGAAAGGCUUGAAGGAACAAAUGAUGCCUCUCUGAGUUCGAGGACAGGCUUUGAAGUAUCAAUAAGCCUUAAAUAAAACUAACGUUGUAUGUUUGUAAUUGUAGUUUUAUAUUUCAGUUUGCUACUUCUCUUGUUGUUAUCUUAAUGUCAAUUUCGGUAGUCUUCUAAUUUCUUUUCCGGAAAAAAAAAAAAUAU